AAACUAUUACUUUUAAGAUGUUUUCAUUUUUACUUUUACAUGUUUGUGGAUUUUUCAUCAACUUUUUCAGUGCUGCGGGUAAUGGUAUAGAAUUGCUGCCUCGUUACGUUUUAGAAGAAGGCUUUAAGAGCGCAAUAUUCGGUUCAUACAGCUAUGAUCCGCUAAGUGACAAAUUUGAAAAAGACCAAGGUCAUGAGUCGCAACAAACUGACACAACUACAACCACGGACGAGACGACUACAGUUGAAACAACUACGGAAUCCAAAAAUGAUACUUUAUUUAAGCUUAGACAUAUUGUCCGCCGAUAUAGUGUUAAGAGUAAAUAUAUAACUUAGGUACAAGUAAAUAAGGUAAAAUUCGUAAAUAAAAGAGUUGAGGUUUUAUAAUGUGGUAUAUUAUAAAUUGCCAGGAAUGUUUAACUGACUAUAAAGUACCUAACAAGCCUGUCAGCUAAAAUACUGAGCCAUUGUUUGUAGACUAACAAUAUAGAAGAUAUUAUAUGGGUGGUAUACACCAAAACUCUCAGAUAAACUCAAAUCUAUAUUUUUUGUUAUCCCAUCCAGGUAUUGUGAAAAUUAAUAAAAUUGCGGAAAUUAAAAAAAACUUUAU